CUGUCUCCUCCCUCUCCCCCCACCCGCGAGCCUGCAGGUUCCUCAGCCGGCCCAGGCCGGGCCAGUGUCAGUCAGGGAGGCGGACUGCUGAGCACUGGGUGCAGACGCUCCCUUGCAGUCUCGUUCAGGGGCCGGUGCCUGCACUCGCGCCGCCGGGUGGGAAGGAUGAAGCCGCAGCUACAGCAGCCACCCUAUGAUUGGCUGUGGCUCUUGUGAACCCGAAGUAAAGAUGGCGGGCGGGCAGGCAGCCGCCGCACUGCCCACUAGGAAGAUGGCGGCGCGCCGCAGCCUCAGCGCCCGCGGCCGGGGGGUACUGCAGGCGGCGGCGGAACGGCUGCUGCCGCUGCUGCUGCUGAGCUGCUGCUGCGGCGCGGGAGGCUGCGCCGCGGCGGGCGAGAACGAAGAGACGGUGAUCAUCGGGUUACGGCUGGAGGACACGAACGACGUGUCGUUCAUGGAAGGGGGGGCGCUGCGGGUGAGCGAGCGGACUCGGGUCAAGCUGCGGGUGUAUGGGCAGAACAUCAACAACGAGACGUGGUCCCGCAUCGCCUUCACCGAGCACGAGCGGCGGCGCCACAGCCCCGGCGAGCGCGGGCUGGGGGGCCCCGCGCCGCCGGAGCCGGACAGCGGCCCCCAGCGCUGCGGCAUCCGCACGUCAGAUAUCAUCAUCUUGCCCCACAUCAUUCUCAACCGCCGGACCUCGGGCAUCAUUGAGAUAGAAAUAAAACCGCUGCGGAAGAUGGAGAAGAGCAAGUCCUAUUACCUGUGCACAUCGCUGUCCACGCCGGCCCUGGGCACCGGCGGCCCGGGGUCCGCGGGUGGCACCGUCGGGGGCAAGGGCGGCUCCGGGGUGGCCGGGCUUCCGCCGCCCCCGUGGGCUGAGACCACCUGGAUUUACCACGACGGCGAGGACACCAAAAUGAUCGUGGGCGAGGAGAAGAAGUUCCUGCUGCCCUUCUGGCUGCAGGUGAUCUUUAUUUCGUUGCUCCUGUGCCUGUCGGGCAUGUUUAGCGGCCUCAACCUGGGGCUCAUGGCCCUGGACCCGAUGGAGCUGCGCAUCGUGCAGAACUGCGGCACCGAGAAGGAGAAGAAUUACGCCAAGCGCAUCGAGCCUGUGCGCCGGCAGGGCAACUACCUGCUGUGCUCGCUGCUGCUGGGCAACGUGCUGGUCAACACCACGCUCACCAUCCUGCUGGACGACAUUGCCGGCUCGGGCCUGGUGGCCGUGGUGGUCUCCACCAUCGGGAUCGUCAUCUUCGGGGAGAUCGUGCCCCAGGCCAUCUGCUCCCGGCACGGCCUGGCCGUGGGAGCCAACACCAUCUUCCUCACCAAGUUUUUCAUGAUGAUGACCUUCCCCGCUUCUUACCCAGUCAGCAAGUUGCUGGACUGCGUCCUGGGCCAGGAGAUAGGCACCGUCUACAACCGGGAGAAGCUGCUGGAGAUGCUGCGGGUCACAGACCCCUACAACGACCUCGUGAAGGAGGAGCUGAACAUCAUCCAAGGGGCGUUGGAGCUACGCACCAAGACGGUGGAGGACGUGAUGACUCCCCUCCGGGACUGCUUCAUGAUCACCGGGGAAGCCAUUCUGGACUUCAACACCAUGUCGGAGAUCAUGGAGAGCGGCUACACGCGCAUCCCCGUGUUCGAGGGAGAGCGCUCCAACAUUGUGGACCUCCUCUUUGUUAAAGACUUGGCCUUCGUGGAUCCAGAUGACUGUACUCCCCUGAAAACCAUCACUAAAUUUUAUAACCACCCCUUGCACUUUGUUUUCAAUGACACCAAGUUGGACGCUAUGCUGGAAGAAUUUAAGAAAGGUAAAUCUCACCUGGCUAUUGUGCAGCGAGUUAACAAUGAGGGAGAGGGGGAUCCAUUUUAUGAAGUCCUGGGAAUUGUCACCUUAGAAGAUGUGAUUGAAGAAAUCAUCAAGUCGGAGAUUCUGGAUGAAACAGAUUUAUACACGGAUAACAGAACGAAAAAGAAAGUGGCCCAUCGUGAAAGAAAGCAAGAUUUUUCUGCCUUUAAGCAGACAGACAGCGAGAUGAAGGUUAAAAUAUCACCACAGCUUCUCUUGGCCAUGCACCGUUUCCUAGCAACAGAAGUAGAAGCAUUUAGCCCAUCCCAGAUGUCAGAGAAGAUCCUUCUAAGGCUGCUAAAGCACCCCAAUGUCAUCCAGGAACUGAAGUAUGAUGAGAAGAACAAGAAAGCCCCAGAAUACUACCUCUACCAGCGCAACAAACCUGUAGACUACUUCGUUCUCAUUUUGCAGGGUAAAGUGGAAGUAGAAGCUGGGAAAGAAGGUAUGAAGUUUGAAGCCAGUGCUUUUUCGUAUUACGGUGUCAUGGCCCUCACGGCCUCCCCAGGUGAAAACAAGUCCCCUCCUCGCCCGUGUGGCUUGAAUCACUCAGACUCUCUCAGUCGAAGUGACCGGAUUGAUGCAAUCACACCUUCGCUGGGGAGCAGCAAUAAUCAGCUCAACUCUUCGUUCCUUCAAGUCUACAUCCCCGACUACUCAGUGCGCGCCCUUUCUGAUCUCCAGUUUGUUAAGAUCUCAAGACAGCAAUACCAAAAUGCCUUGAUGGCAUCCCGGAUGGACAAAACUCCUCAGUCUUCAGACAGUGAAAACACUAAAAUUGAAUUGACUCUUACGGAGCUGCACGACGGGUUGCCAGACGAGACGGCCAACCUGCUCAAUGAACAGAACUGUGUGACGCACACCAAGGCCAAUCACAGCCUACACAAUGAAGGCGCCAUCUAGGGCGCCCCCAGGCCCCCUCCCCCAAAUCCUGGGCCAGGCCACCUGCCUCGCCUGUCUGACAGUGAAUCCCGUUAGUGUGAGCUUGUGUGCCAUGCUGCGUCCUGCAACAUCCUGAGACCAAAGACUUUGUCCCCUUCCUGGGAGCAGCAGAGGAGGUCGGUGAGGGCAGGAGUGGAAACGAGGGCUGGGGUUUGACGUUUGAGAUUUUGGAAAUGAACUUCCACCCAAAUAGAAUCAUGUUUAUUUUUUCAGCUGCACCUUUUGUUAUUCACUCUCCUCCUCCUUUGAUUUGCAUGAAGUUGAAAAUUGUUGGGAUUUAUUUUUUUCAAGAGAUCAUGUUUUUAGAGUGUCUUUUGCAGAGUUUUAAGUUGUCCUGCCUGAACUCUGCUUUGACCCCAUGAUGUGACCCCAAUAGGAUGGACUUGCCCCUCAGUGGCCUUCCGUGGCCCCUCCAGGGCCUUCCGUGGCCCACCCUUCCUCUGUGCCCCAGUGGGUGUCGCUGUCGAACUCGAAGGACAAAUGAAGAAAACCGUGUUGCCGCAGACCUGCCAAGUCUGGGACGUUGCAGGGUGGAGCUUGCACGGGGACCUGCAGCCGCCUCUCUGAGCUCAGUGUUGUUCUAAGUUAAUGUUUAACUCUGUCCCUUUCCCUCAGAAAGGUUUAACAUGUGCUUGGAAUGUGAUUUUGCUCCCACUCGUAAGGAAUUUUUAUCACCAAAAUGAAUGUUAAUGAAUUUUAAACCCAUGGUUUAUCAUUGGCAAGAGGCAAGGUGACUUCAUCCCGGCGUUCCCACAGCCUGGCAUCUCGGGCGGCCAGGCCGCCUCCCGGCCCAGCUUAGAGCCCGGUACCCGCCUCCCCGUCCGCUCUUGUUGGCCCGAGAUGCUGCUACAUGGAUGCCAAACGGAAACCUUCCACGGGGCUGCUGAGUAGACACGGGUGUGGUGUGCAGGCUCCUCCCACCCGCUGCGUGUAGUUGCCAGGAAGGAGUUGGACCUUCCAGCUGUGCUCUGUGCUCCACACCCAGAAGGCGUUUCUAAGCCCGUAUGUUUAAAGGAGGGUACUUCAGGGAUUGCCAGCCCCUGCCCCUUUCCAGGGAGCCAACUGUCCCUCGUCCCGUGUCCCCGGGCCCGCGGGGCCCGGUCGUGGCUGUGUCCCUGCCCGAGGACCUGUGCCUCCCGCCUCAGGCGUGGCCCACGCAGAGGCCGCCUGUACAGCCAGGGCCAGUUUGGCCCCGAACAGGGAUUCAGAAACCAAAUGUGUGCGUGGCCAUUUCAUGUGUCUGUCUUAUUUUAAUACCAAAUUCAUCACAUGCAGUGAAAUUAAUGUCAGGAGGUGUUACUUGAGUGACUCAGUUAACGAUCUUAUCUGUGUUUUAAGUGUUAGCCCGAGGGGUCUGUGCAUUUUGUUGGCAACAUUCAUGCACUGAAGUGAAUUCCUACUGACUGGCUUUCUUAUAGAAGUGUCUGUCCACGCUGCCUCCAGCCUCUAGCCACGAAGAGAGCAUUGUCUCCAUGGCCCCGUUUUCUCCUCCCCCCUCAAGGUAGGGCUGCCCCAGUGGCUCUGUGGGAGGGAGCUGCGCUGGGGGAAUAACCAGCAACAUGCUGGCUUGCCUUCGGGCCAGCAGUGUGGUGUCUCCGGGGCCAUAUGCACAGUUGGCGAGUAUUUCCUCUGGUUUCAGUCUUGGAGUGUCUUCCUCAUUCAGUGCCAAGCCAUAGUGAGGGACGCGCUGGCCUCACCUUGUGGUAGAGGGUCUCGGGGUCACCCCCUGAAGGGGCUUUGUGGCCUGCUGCUGGCCCCAACCUGCCACCAUGGGAUGGAGCCCUGCACCAUGCGGGGGGGCGGGGGGAGUGUCUUUGAUCUGAGUUUAAAUCUUUCUCAAGAUGCAUCUAGCUGAGCACAACCCCAGUAUGAUGGGAGUUGGGACUAUGUGUAGGGUGUGCAGACGGGAGUGUUCCCUGAAGUGGGACCUGGGCCUUGCUGGGGCAGAAGGCUUCUCCCCAACAGCCAUGCCACUCUUGGCCCGGUCAGCACUGGCCUUCCCUAUGGUCUGGGGAGCCCAACCGAGGAUCCUGGUGCAUCCGCCUCUCCUGGCCGACCUGCUUCUCCACAGUCCGUCUCGGGGCGCCUUGCCACAACUGGAAGGAACUCUGCAGCCAGUUACUGUGUGGGGUCUUUUCAGGGCGCCCCCCCCCCCACCCCCCCGUUCCUUUUACAAAUCCUAAAGCUCAGUGAGAGUCCAGGUCGAGGGAAAGGAUCGAUUCCAGCUGCUGCCUCCUUGACUUCAGAGAGAAACGGAACUUUCUAAUCUCUUACCUGUUCAGCAUGUGGCUCUCUGUCUGCUCUGUAAAGGAGCUGGCAGGGGUGGCUUUGCACGGGGGCUCCCAGAGGACAGAAGUUUAACCUCCAAGUUUGUAUGUUUCUAUAAACCACUCUUUACCUUUGACUGUUCACACCGUUUUAUAACAACAGAGAAUAAAAAGUAAUUCUUGUCUGGCCCCGAGAGGCACGAAGGUUAACAUUUGGCUAUACAUCUGCUUUGGGGAAUGUCAAGACCCUUCAGAUCACAAUGUGAGCCACCAGAUUUCUUUUCCAGGCCCCUCCCCUGGGAACUGACUUCAGGCUGCGGAAGGAGAUACGCUUGCUCACUGCUUCUCGGGGCAGCAGGAGAAUGAUUCUGGCUCAGAAGGUCUGUACAGUUCCUGUCUGUAAAGUAAACUGGAGUCGGGCAGAGAAAGUUCAGAUCUCGAUGUGCAGUGGCCAGUCCUUAGCACCAUGUGGCUCGUCCUCUCCUGGGGCUGCUGGCUUUGUAAGCAUGGAGGGGAGGGCUGUGUGGCAGAUGCAAGUCCUGGGGUCCUGAAUUCUGUUGAAGCCCUUGUUGGACCCAGGGCCUCCCCCUCCAUGGCCUCUGUGGCCCCUGCUGUGGAACCUCUUCCUGCGCAGCCUCCCUGGUAUCCUAAAGGUUCAAAUGGAACUGGAUUGAGGAUCCAAAUGUUCCCAGGACUGUUGGCUUUCUUUUUAUAAAUGAAAGUGGCUUUUUACCUACUGCCUUAGAGGUUCUCGCCCUUUAUUUCCCUGUUUUAUAUCAUCAGGAAAGUCCAAAAUCAUGUACUUAAACUCUUAGAAAAACAAAUCCUUAAGAUUUGUUCCUGGAUAUUGGGUGCUAAUCAACUAGUGUACGCCUCGAUUCUUGCAGAGUUUGAAUUUGCAGGGGCACCCCAUUCAGCCCUGUUCCUCCCUCCCUCACCUCACUUCCCAAAGGUAGCUCAGUGCCCGUGCUGGGCUUCCCCAGGUGGAAGGGAGCAGGGCAUCUCACUAUUUUCUACUGUUAUUUCAAGGAACUUGUGUACAAAUGUUGAAUGCAGAACUCCACACCAUCAGUAUGAAACACUUACUGCGAACAUCUUUACCUGAGCUCUACCAGGGCCAUACGACUAAAGGACCAGCUUUAUCAAGUCUAGGAAAAUAGAUAAAAGUAGAAAUGCAUUUUCCAUAGACAGUGAAGCAACAGGUAUUUAGGCCAAGCAGGGACCAUGAACUUCUGCCCUCGAAUUCUCAGGUUGAGAAGCAGACCUAAGUAGGCCAUGGCUGAUUGAGCCUGUGUCCUGGCUGGUCAGAAACAAAAACAAACAAACAAAAAAACCCCAACCCUGUCAUCUUCUGAAAGCCAGCCAGGGAUCUGUGACUAUCUUCCCUAUUUCUGGGCCAGGAGACCAAGAUGCCUCCAGUGUUCCCAGGGGUGACCCCAGGCAGAGGCCUGACCUAGGCUGGCACAGGGUGGUGUUCACCUUGUUCCCUGGCAUUUUAAGCAAGAGGCCGCCAGGGAGAGUUGGCUUGGUGCCAUCACAUGACCCAAGCUCCCUGUUGGCAGGGGCCAAGGGGACAGCUCCCCUGGCUUCUCUCUCAGGGGCGAGGACCCCCAGGCGGAGCGGCAGUGCAGGCAUGAGGCUUCCUCGGUGCUCUUUCCUGUGGAGGACACAGGCUCUUGUCCGGGGUCAGGUUUCGUUCCAUUCUGUUCUGGGUGGGUUGUAGGUUAGCCCAGAAUUAGGAGGGACUUGGUUCAGUAUGAAAGUGAUGUGGGGAUUCAGAAACCUUUCUGGUGUAAAUGUAUCGUGGGCAACCUACUCCGUUCUUGUAACUCAGGGCCACUUGCUGAUCUUCAUCUUCUCAUCUCUCUGUUGUAUUCACGUGGGCUGAUAGGAGAGGUUCGCUGUCUCCGUUUGGGGUGUUGGUGGCACCCGGCUUGCUGGUUACCAUCCCAUGAAGGCUGACGGGGGCCUUCAUUCCUGCUGCAGCCAAUGCUUUCUUGCUGGUUUUCGUCUAUCCUGUCUGGUCAGCCCUGAGGGCAGCAGGGAGGAGAUGGAGUUCAUGGCAACUGCAGAGCUUGGAGCAGCUCUUCUCCCACAAUCCUGGGCUGGGACCUUCUUUGCUUCUUAGAUCUUUGUGGGUGGCUCAGCUCCAGUAAGCUCUCUCUCGGGAUGUGCCAGCCACUGACAUCAUCUCACUAGAAUUGUCUUAAAUAUCUUUUGAUGGGAAAUACCAGGCUGUUCUUGAUGCAACAUGAAAAUGAAGGUUCUAGUGGCACGAGAGUAAAGUUCUAGGCAUUUGUAUGCCAAGGUGCCUGUGUACACAGAGCCGGCAUGUACUAUAAGACUGAGUGAAGACACGUUUUCGAUUUUUAACACCUAGGAGCAUUUUAAACAUGACCAAACUGGAAGAAUGACGGGAGCACUGUCUUGCCUCAUUUGGCAGGCCAGCUCCUGGCAUUUGCCCACCCACAUCUGACUGACGUGGAUUCACUAGAAAGGGAUUCUUUUGGAGCCAGACUCCUCUUCAGACUCACCCUGGAGAGGACUCAGAUGGACCUGGGGGGCUUGGGUGCCUCUGUGUGGAGACCCAGCCUCUUGGAUAGAAACAGCUAGUCUCAGGCCUCCAGAGCAGAAAGGAGUGGGGAGAGUAAGGCCUCAGGACUCACUCUGCAGAGAGCCUGGCCUAGCUUCAUUCAUCACCGCCGUGUCUGAAGUCUACUGUGAAGGUAGAGUGUAUCAGUCCAUUGACCUUUCUUGUUUCUGGAGUCCUUUAAUUCCACAAAUGUAUAUGCUUUGUUUUAUAUUAUUUAUUAUGUACAUAUUCCUCUACUGUUAGUACAUCGUCUGUGACUAAGCUGAGAUCUGUUCUGGAGCCCCUGACCCAGAGUUCUGUUGUCCCUUCAAGUGGGCGAGAAGGCAGCAGUUUUGUUUGUUUUGUCUUAAAUAGGUUGCUGCUCUUAUGUUGGUCCUAGUGUCCCCGGCCCCUUUUACUGGGACCUCUAUUCCUAUGACCAGUGUCUGGGAUGAGGGUGGAGGCAGGUUUCUCACCCGUGGCAGGGCCUCUCGGGUACCUCUGUGAAAUACUUGAGGUGGUUUCCUAGUUACUAGUUCUAUUCUCUAGUAGCAUAGCUGUGAGAUCAGAGCCUCCUCCCUCCCUCCCUUCAAAGCCAGGGCGGUGGCCUAGCCCUACAACAGUAAUGGCCUCUUAAUUCCCACCCUUGGAUUAUAGAAUUCAUCUCUCUGGAGCCUGCCCAUCAGGGCUUCUAGUAUGCCUUUUCUUGGUUUUGAGGCCCAAUGCCGACAUUGCCUUGGCCCUCAAAUAAGACCCUGCUUUGUGUGUGAUUUUCAUCCUCCUCAGCCUUUACUCACUGUGUCAUAGUGCACAUUUCAUGCUUUGCAGCAGUGAAGUUUUCUGAACACAGUGUUCAGAGCUGUGUACGUAAACCUAAAGCACAAGUGACGUGUAGGUUUCAUGAGCUGAUUGUCAUAAUGAAUGCAUUUUAUAAUUCAAAUGAUGUUGUAGAUUUACAAUCGCUCCUAUUUAUUUUGUACCAAUUUAUUUGUAAAUUUUGUGAUUGUUUUAAAAGGUUUUUGUUCA